CCACCAGUUGUCAUCUACAGCGACCACCACUGUCUUCUCCAUCCAUCGCUGACAUAUAAUCUUCCUCUAUCAAUGCCCUAGAACCCCACAAAUUGUUCCCCAAUCCAUGCUCCGAAACUCCACUCCAAUCUCCAAUCUCCAAUCUCUGCUGAUUUCUACUCAACCAUGGCUGAAUGGGCCAAUCUCCCCAGAGACCUUCUCCACCUGAUCGCCAAACGCCUCGAUUCCCACUUCGAUCUCCUCCGAUUUCGAUCCGUUUGCUCCUCAUGGCGCUCUUCUACACCCUCCAAGCCUCGCUCCAUCUUCAGCCACUUGCCCAUCUUACCCACAACCGGAUUCUCCGAAAUCACCUGGGCUUUCUAUCUAUCCAAGCGCUCAAUUCUCCAGCUCGGAUUACCAGACUCUCGUGCCCAAACAACCCCCAAUUCCUGGCUCAUCAAGAUCGAAGAAGACCCAUCUGGUGUGAUCCGCUUGAUAAACCCCCUCACCACUUUCAAAUUCAGGCACCUCCCGCCCGAUUUCCCAAAAACGUUUGAUUUUUCGGGGUUACGUGUCUUCGAAUUAGGCCAGGAAUAUGUUCUUGAGUAUAUGGAUUAUCGCCCACCUGGAAAUGCUUAUCUGGGGAGUUUGUAUAUGGAGAAGGUUGCGUUCUGUUCUGGUAAUGGUGAUGAUUUUUGGUUGCUGACAAUUCAUUUGUCUGGGAAAUUAGCUAUGUUUAGGAGUGGAGACAAGAAGUGGAUGAUAAUUGAUGAUAUGCAGUCGCCUUAUGAUGAUGUUAUCUUCUUUGAUGGGAAGUUCUACGCUGUUGAUAACACUGGGCGGACUGUGGUUGUGGAUGUGGCUGAUGGGUCAUCGCCGGUAGUGAAUUUGGCGGCGAGUUCGGUGUUUGGCGGUGACAAGAAGUGUUUGGUUGAAUCCGAGGGUGAAUUGUUGCUUGUUGAUACCUAUUUUACCAUGUACCAUGAUGAUGAUGAACAUGUUCGUUGGAUGAUUGAGAGAAUGAUUCACUUCAAGGUUUUUAGGUUACAUCAAAGAGAGCAAAAGUGGGUUGAGAUUGAAAGUUUGGGUGAUAGGUUGUUGUUUUUGGGUGAUGAUAGCUCCUUUUCUGCUAGGGCUUCUGAUUUUUAUGGGUGUAAAGGGAACUCCAUAUGUUUUACAAACAUUUCCUUUUUCUCUGAUGCAGAGGAGGAUGAUGCUUCUAGGAGUGGCACCAUUGGGGUGUUUGAUUUAGACAGUGGUAGUAUUGGACCUUUGUCCAGUUAUGCGAAUUAUUCCAAGACGAUCUGGCCACCACCCGCUUGGGUUUCUUCAACCUCUGAGGACAUGCGACAUGCUGAAUCCCUGAAUGCAACAGACCUGAAAUCAAUUUGAAGAUGCAUCCCUGUGAACUAUUUUUCCCUGUUUUCCUGACUAACAAUCCAAUAUGCCCUCAAGAACUGUUAUGUACUAGGAUAUGGAAUUUUAGUUUCUUUGUAACUUGUAACUGUUGAACAUUUGUUGUACUCGGGAGACAAUUUGUAUGUACCUUCUUGGGUUUAUUGAUCUGGUGACAGAAUGAAGCCCUAACUCUAAAGAAAUCUAGUUUGUAAUACAGAAGCUUACUUGAUGGAA